AUGAGCAAAGGCAAGAACAAGAAAGGUGCUGUAACACCGUCGAAACCGGUUGGAGAGAACGAAUCUCCACUGGAAAGUUACAAAGAAGAAGAUGACGAACCGUCUCAGGCGAUGUCAACACCAGCGGCAUCGUCGUUCGUCGCUGCACGCAAGUCGAGGGAAGCUCACAUUUACGCGGGCGUCUUGGAACAAGACUUGCAAGCAAGUCUCCAGUAUGACGACUGGCGCAAGUUGUCUGAUGACGACGAUCUGGAGACGACAAUGGAAGAGUUAAGUAUAUUUGUUGAUAAAUUUAAUGACUCUGUUAUUGUCUUUGAGGGGGUGUGUGAUACUCUUGUAGAAACUUCGGGCUCACCCCUGUUAUCUCCGGAGGUUGACUUAGACAAAUUGCUUCUGUUAGGUGUAGAUUGUAACCGUCGCAUCAGCUUCCUCAGAUCCGUUCUAAAGCAGUUGCACAUCCGUCACAGAAGAAACACGGCAGUCGUGACGCAACCCACUACACACACUAACCACGCUGUCUCACCUGAGGUCAAACUCCCCAAGCUGGACCUGCCCAAGUUCGAUGGUUCUGUUUUGAAAUCUCAAGAGUUUUUUGAUGUGUUUGUUGCGACUGUCCAUGACAACGCACGCAUUUCUGAUGUUCAGAAAUUAAGUUAUUUGAGAGAGUGUCUGGUGGGGUCGGCUAAAGAAGCUGUGGCAGGAUAUCAGAUCACAGACGCCAAUUAUCGGGUAGUGUGGGGUGUGCUAAAGGAACGCUAUGGAUCCAAACAGAAAUCCAUACACGCACACUACACUGCUUUGAUGAAUCUGCCACCUGCGUCUAACAAGACCCACUCACUGCGCAGCUUGCAUGACAAACUCGAAGAACAGCUGCGCAGUCUCGCAGCACUUGGCCAAGACGUUGGUCAAGACAUCUUCGUCUCACUCAUUCUAAACAAGCUCCCUCAACACACCGUGCUGCAGCUUGAACUGCGAAAACCAACUCAGUGGAAAGUCAGUUCACUGCGACAGGCAUUCAGUGAAUAUGUUAAGGCCAAGGAAGUCGCCGAAGAACAGGGCGCAGUGCAUUCAGAGUCCGACCGUGCUCAGACUAGCUCGCAGACCAGGCCUAAACCCAGCCAGAAUUCCCAACGAUCCGGAGCAACACUGCUGAACGACCGCCAACCUAAGUGUCAUUUUUGUAAAGAAUCUCACUUCUCGGACGAAUGUUUGAAGUAUCGUACCGUUGAACAGAGAAAGGAACGUGUCAAGGAUCAAUGCUUUCGCUGUUUUCGCAAGGAACAUUCUGCUCGGGAUUGUACUAUCACUCGCAAGUGUUACUAUUGUUCCGGACCACAUCACCGCAGCUUAUGUGUCACCAAGUUCGGUCAGGCAACCUCUGCGCUCAACGUCCAUGCGGAACCGUUCUCACCCGACACUGCGCUCAUCUCGCCUGAGGGCAAUGUCAACCUGCAAACAGCGCUGACAGAAGCUAGACACAACUCCUUUGUGAAGCCAGCCCGCCUCCUUUUCGACACGGGUGCAUCUCGGUCGUAUAUCACUGCAGAUCUUCGCUCUGCUCUUGAUCUUCCUACAGUCGCCACUGAGUCCAUGUCCACAGCCACUUUUGGCGCGUGUAGUCGUAAACAUCAAACGCUUGACGUCGUCGAAGUCGAGGUUCGGCUGUCCAACGGCUCCCUGAAGAAAUUAUCCGUGAGCGUCGUUCCAGUCAUCUCUAGCCCUAUAGCGAAGUACCCCGUCGACGCCACAGGUCACCCUGCUCUGCGUCAUCUUCCUCUUGCGGAACCGCUAUCCAGUAACCAGGAGUGGGUCACAGUAGACCUUCUUAUUGGCAGUGACUAUUAUUUUGACUUUAUUCUAUCCGAACGCCUCAACUUCCCAGAUGGUCUCAUCUUACUGCAAUCGACACUGGGCUAUGUGUGUACCGGGAAAGCUUCGAGUAACGACCCUAAGGACGCGACGUGCUUCUUCUCCUCGAGCGAAACGUCCACCAUCGUUCCUGACGCUAAUCUUCACCAAUUCUGGGCAGCCGAUGAGAUACAGGAACCAGACGAUUGUCGUGAUGAUGAUGCCCGAGCACACCAAGCAUUCAAGGAUUCGGUGCAAUUUGAAGACAACAGAUAUGUUGUCAAGUGGCCAUAG